UCUUGGACGUGACAGAAACAUUCGAAUAUUGUUUAUAACAGGUCGAUGAAAGAGGACCACGGCGAUGUUGACAUAUGGAACUGAGUUUGGGGUGUUCGUCAUAACUUUGUGUGUACUAGUGAACCCUAGCCUUGGGAUGUUGAGAGCAAACGUAACCGGUGACGUCAUCUUGGGUGGUUUGUUUCCAAUUCACAGAGGUACAGACGAUGGACAAUGUGGCGACAUCCAGGAACAAGAUGGCAUCCAAACUCUCGAAACAGCCAUCUGGACUUUACAACAGAUAAACGCCAAAUAUCAAAAUCUCAGAAUAGGCCUUGUUGCUAUGGAUACAUGUGAAUCAGACACAGUUGCCUUGGAGAACGCGUUAGAAUUUGUCAGCAUGGACGGAAUUAAUUUGGGGUCUAAUCCCAUUGAUUAUGGAUACAUUUGUCGUGACGGUAGCCUCCCUUACCAGAACUCUUUUACCGGUCCAGUACGCAUGAGCAACAGGGCGGUUGGCGUAGUGGGUGCAGCUUUUAGCCAGGUUUCUAUCGCCGUAGCCAGUUUUCUACGACUUUUCAAAGUACCGCAGAUAAGUUACUGGUCAACUAGUCCGGAACUUAGCGACCAGGAUCGGUUUUCAUAUUUCAAGAGAACUGUCCCUUCCGAUGCCUUUCAAGCUCGUGUUAUCGUCAACAUUCUCCUUCACCUGGAAUGGUGGUAUGUUGUUGCUCUAUAUGAACAGACAAGUUACGGGGCAAACCUUUACUUCGAGACGAAGCGUCUGGCUGAAGAGGAAGGCAUCUGUUUCGGUUUGACAGAAAAGAUCACUCCUUCUAAAGAUGGAAUAGAUGAUGAGUUAGAACGGCUAGCGUACAAGAUUUCGGAUAUCAAAAACUCACACGGUAAAGUGGUUGUGAUUCUCAUCACUCACUAUGGUCUGGCCAAGGCGCUGUUCCAGGCGGUGGACCGGAAGUCAUUGGUAGACACUGUACGCUGGAUAGGUGUUGACGCAUGGGCAGGGCGGCAGUUUGACGAGACCAUACAGAAAGUGGUAGGAGGAGCUAUAGCUGUACAGCCAUUGGCCAGGAAGUUGGAGGGGUUCGAUGACUACUUCACAAGCCUGACUCCGGCAACGAACUCUUUGAAUCCGUGGUUCCGGGAAUACUGGGAGUACCAUUUCAACUGUAAACUCCACGGAAAUACCAAAACAGGGAAUUCUUGUACAGGAAAGGAACGUCUGAGCUCUGCUAACGGGUAUGAACAGCUCCAGUCCCUGUACUACGUCAGGGACGCCAUUCUAGCAUUCGCCGACGCUUUACACCAGAUCCACAGGGAUACUUGUGGACUAUAUUACCGUGGUAUAUGUCCGAACAUGGCAGCCAGUCUUACGGGAGACAUGUUACUGUCAGCGCUAGAUAACGUCGAGUUCACAGGUAAUGAUACUGCCAGAAACGAUAACGUCGAGUUCACAGACCCCUUAGGAUUUCCAUUCCACUUCAUCAACGGUACUGAUGGACCUCCGCGGUACAGUAUCAUGGUAUACAGAAAGGAGGGCAACAAGUUCCAGUGGCAGGAAGUUGGAAACUACACAGAAGGCUUAGAAGGACAAUACCGAUUUGACAUCCAAAACUUGCCAUACAACAAGUCUAUCUGUUCUUCCGCCUGUGAUGUCGGCCAGGAGAAACGAGUUUUGGCCAGCCGGCCGUGUUGCUGGUACUGCAAGGACUGUACAAAAGAUCAAUAUGUAUCAGAAGAAUUUACCUGCGAAACGUGCCCACAAAGUACUUCACCAAACAACUUCCGGAAUGCGUGCUCUCUACUUCCGGUGGAGUAUGUUUCAUUUGGUGAUUCCAUUGCCGUUGUUGCAUGUGUGUUUUCCAGUGUAGGAAUACUAUUGUGCGUGUUCGUUUUUGUAAUCUAUAUCCGGUCCCGGUCAACUCCAAUAGUCAAGGCUUCUGGUAUAGAACUUAGUUUUGUCUUGUUGGCUGGGAUCGUAUUAUCCUACGCGUCUACUUUCAUUUUCAUAGCCAAACCUUCCGACGUGAUCUGUGGUUUCCGACGAGCUCUUCUCGGAAUCUGCUACACUAUGUGUUACGCCACCAUUCUUACAAAGACAAAUAGAAUAUACAGAAUAUUUUCUAUGAGAGAAAGAAAAACAAAUCGUGUAAUAAUGAAACGCUUUACAAGCUCCAAAUCUUCUCUGGUGAUAACACUACUACUCUGUGCAAUAGAGUGUGUGGCCAUUGUUGUGUGGUUGAUAUUCGAUCCGCCAAAAGCAGUAAACAUGGACUACAAACCUGAUGACGUGAUACACAAUAUUUUGGUCUGUCAUGACAGUAUGGAUUUUUCCUACAUCGGAGUACUCAUAUACCCGUUUAUACUGAUGCUGGUAUGUAUUGUGUAUGCUGUGAAGACAAGGAAGACGCCUGAUGGUUUUAACGAAACAAAAUUUAUAACAUUCUGCUGCUCCUCCACAGUCAUUGUGUGGAUAGCAUUUAUCCCUACUUACUUCUCCACGAACAACUCAUUCCUAAGAAUGGCGUCGUUGACAUUGUCGCUGUUUGUGAAUGCCACUGUGAUACUAUCCCUUCUUUUUCUGAGGAAAAUCUACAUCGUUUUGUUUAGACCUAAGAAAAACACGCGCGAGAAGGUGAUGAGCCGAGCGUCCUUGAGUCAUGAUCUCGGCGACAAAGAAAGUAACUACAGCAACGUCCACACGCGGCCUGUAUCUACGUGUUCCGUCAGUAGACCAGACAGACAGGAUGUUCAGGAGACUGGUAAGCAGGUUAACGGAAUCAAACCAGAGGUAAAGCGUAUGGAUUCGGAAGGCUUCUCCAUUUCCACUCCAGGGAUUGGCAGUCUGGGGAUGAGUUUGAGUGGGUCGCAGAUUCUUUCGGAAAUCUUACCCAAUAUGCAGGAACGUACCGUCAACCCCAGACAUCUGACGCUUCGUGAUCCCGAGGAUAGUGUCGACCCCGGAGUCAGUAGGUCUAGACUGAAACCCUAUCAACAUGUCAUCCCCGAGAUCAAAGUAAAUGAUAUGCCAUUAUCUUCUCUGGCGUCCAACAAAGUGGUCUCGUAAAUUUUAAAACGAAACAAAAUCGCAACCUCUCGACCGAAUUCCGCCAAGACUAGGAAUGAAAAUUUGAUUCGGAGAUUUGACGAACAUUGCCAAUACCUGUCGCGCUCGGAGGGAGGCAGAAGAAUUCUCAUCCCGUGAACAUAAAUAGCUGUGUCAGUUCAAUGAAUAUUGUUUCUAAUGUUCAACUAGUCUGAGGAAAUCAUAUACUGUAAAAGUACAUAUUUUAGCGGUUAUCAUAUUUUAACGCUAUUUGCUCUAGAAGCAUUACGCUAAAUUACUAUUGCCCUAAUUACAUUAUAUAUGUGUUUUCCUACAGAAAAUAUCAGAAUGCUUUAAUUCUUCAUUGCGCUAAUUUGUUAUGAUUUGGAAGUGAGCGAAAAUAUUAUUGCGCUAAAUUAAUACGAUUAUAGCAUGUUGUUCAAGCGAUUUUCACGUACCAUAUCGUCUUCCAGAUGUAUUGGAUAUCAUCUUUGUUGAGUUAUUGUCAACAUCAGUAGCUAGUCCUGUCGACUGACUGCACACUGAAAAUAUUAUUGCUAUAAAUGGCUCUGUUAGGCCGGAACAUGUUGAACUAUGCCUAAAUUUCCUUUCUGGAAUCAGUGUUAAUACUUUGUUAAAAUGUUGCCACCAGAGUGAUUCAGACAAAUAUGAUUACGUCAGUACACAAAAAGUUAAUGGUCUUGUCAUUAAACUCAAAGAAGUAAUAUACGAUAUGACCAAUGAUAAUGAAGUUUAUUGAUUUUAAACUGUUAGGUAAAAUUAAUUGCCAUCUGAAAACUACUCAGAGAAGCGAUCAACACAGACAUGUUAUAGUUAUGUAUAUAGAAGACGUCUACCCUUCAGGAACACAUGGCCUUAUUUCCCUUGUCAUUUUCAGAUAAUCCAUGUUUAAAAAAAAUACAGUUCAUACAAUGUAUGAUACAAAUACUGUUAACGUGGAAAUUUACGCAAGACGGGAAAUUCACGCUAAUUAAGCGGAAUCAAUUUAAUCCCGAAAAUUUACCCUGCGCGUAUUAUUUUGAUAUCAAUUUCCGUAAUCUCGAACUACAAAAGAAGGUGGAUCGAUCGCGAGAAAUACACCCACGCGUAUAGUUUACAUAUC